GAGCCUCUGAAAAUUAUAAAGAGAACAUCUUGGUUAUGGUUCGAAUCGAGGAUAGUUAUAUAUACAGCCAGAAUGGCCUUUGUGUCUAUUAUGGCAUAUGUUUUUUUAUUGUUCCAUGAAAUGUAUAGAAAGAAAGUUGAUCUGAACUUCGUUUUAUCUUAUGGAGCAAAUUCAUUCGCUUAUGUUUUUGUGAGUAUUCAGUGAGAUUUCUGCUAAUUGAUAUUAUAUUCGAGUUUUUUAUUGGCUAAUAAUAUUGAGUAAAAAAGAAUGUCAAUAUCAAGAAUUACGAAUAAUAAUCACAGGUCCAACGCUAGCAGUUUCGGAAAAUAAUAAUAAAAAUGAUAAUGCCUUCAACUCAAUUCAAGAUUUAAGAAAGAGUUUUACUUCGCUUCCUGCCAGAUGGCGUUGGAGUAUAUUUAUACAUCCUAGCGACCGCUGGUAUCGAAUAAAGUGGCCAUCUAGCUAUUCAUUCGUUUCAUUUUCGUCGAGUAAGGAGUUGUGUUGCUCUAAUUAGCUAAAAUAAGACUGAAACCAUGAUCAGCUUCUACUCCUAUUCUAUUGGCUAGGUUGAUUUAUUUGUUGAUUUUAUACUUAUUGAUGUUAUAUUUCUGCUUCUGUUUUUGUCUAUGUUUUUUUAUUCGUUACUAAAUUUUUUUCAGUACAACAUAAUUGCUUUCUCGUAUAUAACUCAGAUGAAAACAAUCAAAUAUAUGGAGGAUUACCAAAAAGAGCACUUUCGCUCUUUUUCUUCGGCAGGUGAAGAAGUCAAUAAAAGUAUAGUGAAGAAGAUGAGACUGGGAAAAUAUCUUUCUUUGGGCCAGAUGCUUUUCACCGUUCUCAGUUUGAUCUCCCUACUGCCAAUAAAGUCCGAUAGAUCUGGUAUUUUGUAUAUAAUUAUGAUGAUAAAACGAGCAAGAGUACCCUAUAUCGUAGAAUUAUUCCAUUCCCUUCAUUUUUACGUCGUUCAUUUCUUCGCUUUUCAAGUCGUUUAUUGCUAUAACAACGUGAUGCUUUACUUCGUUCUCCAUCUACACUUUCAAUAUCUUUUAUUGAUAGAAGAUUGCAAACGAUUGGAAUAUGGCUUGGAUACUUAUGGUUAUACGAAUAAAUAUCAUCGAACAAUUGAGAGCAGAUUGAAUGCUGUAUUAAGCCACUACCAAACUGUCAGCAGGUUUCAAAUUCUUAUAGAUGAUCUCUUCAGGCGUCCCAUGUUUUUCGUAGUUUGGGUUGGACUUGUAGCCCUGAUGUUUGUUAGUUACUUAUUAGUUGAGGUAGAUCUGGGAUCAGAUAUUUUAUUAGUUUUUAUGGUUUGGAUAAGCAUCAUUGAGAUAGCCUUGCAUUUUGUUGCUUAUGGUCAACUUUAUGCCGAUCAAAGGAAUAAUUUAUGGGACACUCUAUUGGAUUUCCAAUGGAUCAAUUGGAACAGCAGAAACAGAAGAACGUAUCAAAUGUUCCUCAAACAUGUGAAUCAAGAAACAGUAAUAAAACCUGGAGGCCUCAUUAAUCUAGAUUUGACAUUCCUCAUAUGGUUUGGGAGGAAAACUGUGUCUGCUGUUGCGUUCCUAUCUACGAUCGAAGAAAUAAACAGUUCGAAUUAAGACUAGCUGAAUUAUCGUAUAAAUAUAAGAGGUGAUGUUUGAAAUUUAGAUUUCGACUCACAUUUAUGGCUU